AUGUCCUCUCAGACGAUUUUCUAUGACCUGCCCUCCCAGCAGGGUACUGCAUGGUCACUCAAUCCCUGGAAAACGCGUUUGGUUUUGAACUACAAGGGCAUCGACUACCGAACGGAGUGGGUAGAGUUCCCAGAUGUCGAGCCUAAAAUGAAGUCAUUGGGUCUAGCACCGAAUACCAAAGGUUCCCCUGGAUACUUCACCGACUACAGCAUCCCGGCUAUCACGUACGAAGAUGGCACUUCCCAGAUGGAUUCUUGGCCCAUUGCAAAUGAGCUUGAGAAGCGUUACCCAAGCCCUUCCCUCCAUCUAGACAAUCCAGUGACCAUCACAAUCCGCGACCACAUCUCCGCAAUCAUUGGUCCAAUCAUUCUGCAAUUCCUGUCCAAAAUCCCCACUCUGCUGCCUGAAAGGUCGCAGGAGUAUUUCUACAAGACACGCGAAGCAGAAUUCGGCAAGCCCCUCUCAGAAGUUCACAAGGAAGCAAUGGUGAACGCGGAAGAAGGAUGGAAGCAGGCGCAGGAGGCAAUGAAGGAGGUAGCUGACCUGCUGAAGAAGCACGACGGGCCCUUCUUCCUAGGCCAGAGCGUGUCAUACGCGGAUUUCAUCUUCGUCGCAAUGCUGUAUUUCGUCAAGAGUCUCGAUGAGCAGGUGUUCCAGAAGUUGCUGUCUAUGGAUCCGGUCCUUCCAGAACUCUACCAAGCAUCAGAGCAGUGGUUCACUAAGAACGACUGA